AUGAUCAUCCGUUCAAUGGGCCUUUGCCUGUUCUGCAUGGCUUCGGGCCAUUCCCCCACGCACCCGUCGCACAACCAGGCCAUGCAGGCCAUGGCAGUGGGUCCGGAUGGAGACCUGAGCAACGGGCCGCACAGGCUGAUGCGGAACGAACUCCCCGACGGGUCCCUGUCAGAGAUCGAGCAAGGCCAGGUGCGAGCAGCGCAACAGGCAGAGAUGCUCGAGGAGGCGAUUCCUAUCUCGGCGUCCGACAUCGCGUACCGCGCGAUGGACUUGCUAAUGGGCACCACAGGCAUGACAGAGGAGGACUACCCGUUCGCAUGCAUUUGCAAUCCAGAAGGCGUGUGCGAGGGCGACCCGGCCGAGACGACUUGCAAAGGACGAGCAGGUCAGCAAAAUGCAGCAUCUCGCCUCUCAUGGGUGCAGGCGCUCGCGGCUCCUGCCCUGGUCCUCCUCUUCCAGCUGCCGAUUGAGUUUCGUUAG